AUGCUCUCCUGCUGCGUGUGGAGCUCUGUCCUGCUGCUUCUGUGCGGGGGUGUGACAUCACAGCCCUCCUUCCCCAGCCUGGAGGCGCUCCGACCGGCCCGCACAGAGGAGGCGCAGACGGCGGCUGUGAACGGGCUGCUCCGCAGGGUCCUCGGGGUCCGAGCAGCAGAGUUUAUCGUGUCCGUGAACAAGAGUCUGUCCAACGACAGUCUGGACGUGUGCGAGCUCCGCUCCUCCAGGAACAACACGGUGGUGGUCACCGGCAGCAGUGCUGUGGCUGUAGCCUCUGGACUCUACAACUACCUCAAAUACUUCUGCAACUGUCACGUGUCCUGGUCUGGAGACCAGCUGGACCUGCCCCGACCCCUGCCCAAGCUCAGCGGGACUCAGACCCCUGUGCGGACUCAGACCCCUGUGCAGACUCAGACCCCUGUGCGGACUCAGACCCCUGUGCAGACUCAGACCCCUGUGCGGACUCAGACCCCUGUGCAGACUCAGACCCCUGUGCAGACUCAGACCCCUGUGCAGACUCAGACCCCUGUGCAGACCCCUGUGCAGACUCAGACCCCUGUGCGGACUCAGACCCCUGUGCGGACUCAGACCCCUGUGCAGACUCAGACCCCUGUGCAGACUCAGACCCCUGUGCAGACUCAGACCCCUGUGCGGACUCAGACCCCUGUGCGGACUCAGACCCCUGUGCGGACUCAGACCCCUGUGCAGACUCAGACCCCUGUGCAGACUCAGACCCCUGUGCAGACUCAGACCCCUGUGCAGACUCAGACCCCUGUGCAGACCCCUGUGCAGACUCAGACCCCUGUGCAGACUCAGACCCCUGUGCGGACUCAGACCCCUGUGCAGACUCAGACCCCUGUGCAGACUCAGACCCCUGUGCAGACUCAGACCCCUGUGCAGACUCAGACCCCUGUGCAGACUCAGACCCCUGUGCAGACUCAGACCCCUGUGCAGACUCAGACCCCUGUGCAGACCCCUGUGCAGACUCAGACCCCUGUGCGGACUCAGACCCCUGUGCGGACUCAGACCCCUGUGCAGACUCAGACCCCUGUGCAGACUCAGACCCCUGUGCAGACUCAGACCCCUGUGCGGACUCAGACCCCUGUGCGGACUCAGACCCCUGUGCGGACUCAGACCCCUGUGCAGACUCAGACCCCUGUGCAGACUCAGACCCCUGUGCAGACUCAGACCCCUGUGCAGACUCAGACCCCUGUGCAGACUCAGACCCCUGUGCAGACUCAGACCCCUGUGCAGACUCAGACCCCUGUGCAGACUCAGACCCCUGUGCGGACUCAGACCCCUGUGCAGACUCAGACCCCUGUGCAGACUCAGACCCCUGUGCAGACUCAGACCCCUGUGCAGACUCAGACCCCUGUGCAGACUCAGACCCCUGUGCAGACUCAGACCCCUGUGCAGACUCAGACCCCUGUGCAGACUCAGACCCCUGUGCAGACUCAGACCCCUGUGCAGACUCAGACCCCUGUGCAGACUCAGACCCCUGUGCAGACUCAGACCCCUGUGCAGACUCAGACCCCUGUGCAGACCCCUGUGCAGACUCAGACCCCUGUGCGGACUCAGACCCCUGUGCGGACUCAGACCCCUGUGCGGACUCAGACCCCUGUGCGGACUCAGACCCCUGUGCAGACUCAGACCCCUGUGCAGACUCAGACCCCUGUGCAGACUCAGACCCCUGUGCAGACUCAGACCCCUGUGCAGACUCAGACCCCUGUGCAGACUCAGACCCCUGUGCAGACUCAGACCCCUGUGCAGACUCAGACCCCUGUGCAGACUCAGACCCCUGUGCAGACUCAGACCCCUGUGCAGACUCAGACCCCUGUGCAGACCCCUGUGCAGACUCAGACCCCUGUGCAGACUCAGACCCCUGCGCAGACUCCUUUGGUGGGAGUAGAUGGCAGCGGGAAUACUCCACCGGUUAAUUCAGACGAGCUCAGCAAAACGGCCUCUUUCAAGUCAUUCACUGUGUUCGGGCCCAGUGCCAGGCGCCCACAACGGGGUCUGUUCGCACACCCUCGGUUCCGGUACUACCAGAAUGUGUGCACGUUCAGCUACUCGUCAGUGUGGUGGGACUGGUCGCGGUGGGAGCGGGAGAUCGACUGGAUGGCCCUGAACGGGAUCAACCUGCCCCUGGCGUUCACGGGGCAGGAGGCGCUGUGGCUGGAGGUCUAUCGCUCCUUGGGCCUUAACCAGACGGAGUUGGACGAGUUUUUCUCUGGACCAGCGUUUCUGGCCUGGAACCGAAUGGGAAACCUGUUCCGCUUUGGAGGACCUCUGUCCCAGUCCUGGCAUGUGACGCAGCUCAAACUCCAGUUCAAGAUCUUGGAGAGGAUGCGGUCACUGGGCAUGAUCCCAGUCCUUCCCGCCUUUUCAGGAAAUAUCCCUAAAGGAAUUUUGAGAUUGUAUCCAAAUGCAAAUGUGACGAGGCUGGGGCCGUGGGCCCAGUUCAACUGCAGCUACUCCUGCGCUUACAUCCUGGACCCCCAAGACCCACUCUUUCUCCGGAUCGGUUCACUUUUCCUCUCCCAAAUCAUAAAACAGUUUGGCACCGAUCACAUCUACAACACGGACACCUUCAACGAGAUGACUCCGCCCUCCUCUGACCCGGGCUACCUCUCGUCCGUCAGUCGUGCGGUCUUCAGCUCCAUGACGAGCGUGGACCCUCAGGCCGUGUGGCUCAUGCAAGGCUGGCUCUUCUUCAGUGACGCUGCCUUCUGGAAGCCGGCCCAGAUCCAGGCCUUACUUCAGGGCGUGCCGCUCGGACGGAUGAUUGUGCUCGACUUGUUUGCUGAGACAGAACCAAUUUUCUCUUACACCGAAUCGUUCUAUGGACAGCCGUUUAUCUGGUGCAUGCUGCAUAACUUCGGAGGCAACAGUGGCUUUUUUGGCACGGUCGAGAGCAUUAACUCUGGGCCCUUCAAAGCCAUGCACUUCCCAAACUCCACGAUGGUUGGCACAGGGCUGACGCCGGAGGGCAUCGAGCAGAAUCCAGUCAUCUACGAGCUCAUGAGUGAACUGGCCUGGCGUAAGGAGCCUGUCAAUCUGGCCAAAUGGGUUUCUCUGUACGCCAUUCGCCGCUAUGGAAGCACACAGAAGGAGCUGGGCACGGCCUGGACGCUGCUGUUCUCCAGUGUUUACAACUGCACUGAGGCCCAUUACCGAAACCACAACCACAGCCCGCUGGUCCGCCGGCCCUCCCUCCACAUGAACACGGCGCUUUGGUACAAUCCCAGUGACGUCCUGGAGGCCUGGAGGUUACUGAUGGAGGCCGCCCCCGCGCUCAUGUCCAAACAGACGUUCCGCUACGACCUGGUGGACGUCACGCGGCAGGUUCUGGAGGUGAUUACAACGUUGUUUUACAAGGACAUUGUUGAUGCUUUUAACAAACACAGGUUGGCAGAUGUGCUGACGGCGGGCGGCGUGCUGGUGUACGACCUUUUCCCAGAGCUGAACCGCCUCCUGAACAGUGAGCGUGGCUUCCUGUUGGGCGUGUGGCUGGAGAGGGCCCGCUCCCUCGCUGUGGACGAGAGCGAGGCCAAACUGUUUGACCUGAACGCCCGUAACCAGCUCACCCUGUGGGGUCCCGGCGGCGAGAUCCUGGACUACGCCAGUAAAGAAUGGGGCGGGUUAAUGGAGGACUACUACGGUCAGAGGUGGGCUCUGUUCAUCAACACUCUGGUGGAGUGCCUCAACAGCGGGACGCCUUUCAAACAAGAUACUUUCAACCAGGCUGCGUUUCAGGUGGAGAGGGGCUUCGUCUUCAACGGCCACUCGUAUCCCAGCAUGCCUCAGGGCGACACGUAUGAGAUCGCACACCGCAUCUUUCUGAAGUAUUACCCCCAGGCCUUAAAGAAGUUACAGUCACAGAACACGACCGCAGCUUUCAGCAGGAAGUGA